AUGUCCUUCCAAUGUCCUUCUCAUCGGAAACAGGCGCCGCCUAAUGCACCGCUUGUGGAUCGACAUACAAAAGCCAGCGACAAGAAUUUCCCCCGCCUUUCUCCUCCCAUGGCCGAGGCACCAUUCGUCGUUGCAGUCCCUGACACCGCCCUCAACGAGCUCCGCCAAAAGCUCGCACUCAGCCGGCUUCCCGACGAAAUUGACGAGGCGGGCUGGACGUAUGGUGUACCUCUAAGCGACAUUCGCCGACUCUUACAACGCUGGCAAGAGGGCUUCGACUGGCGGGCACACGAGGAGCAGAUAAAUGCGGAGCUGCCGCAGUUCACACGGGACAUCGACGUUGAGGGAUUUGGCACGCUCAACAUCCAUUAUGUGCACCAAAAGAGCCAACGAGUGGAUGCAAUUCCCCUUCUGUUUGUUCAUGGAUGGCCAGGAAGCUUUCUCGAAGUCCGCAAAAUACUUCCUCUGCUGGUUGAUGCUCCGCCUGAACACCCUGCUUUCCACGUUGUCGCCCUCAGUCUUCCGGGCUUCGGCUUUUCAGAGGCCCCAAAGAAGAAAGGAUUUAAAUUAGACCAGUAUGCGGAGGUGGGGAACAAACUCAUGAUUGCCUUGGGAUAUAGCGAAUACGUAACACAAGGUGGCGACCUGGGGUUCUCCAUAACCCGCCGUAUUGCGCAGAAGCAUGGCAGUCAAAACGCCAAGGCCUGGCAUACAAACUUUCCUAUUGCUCACCAACCACCCUUCUGGGGUAGCAUGCUGGCCUACAUUCGCUCGGCCAUAACGCCGUGGUCACCCUUCGAAAAGGCGGGCAGAGCCAGGACGUUCUGGUUUGUGACGAAAGGCAGAGGGUACUAUCACGCCCAGUCGACGAAGCCGCAAACUCUGGGAUACUCGUUGGCGGACUCGCCCGUGGGCCUUCUUGCGUGGGUGUACGAGAAGCUAGUUGAAUGGACGGACAACUACGCAUGGGAAGACGAUGAAGGCGCGCUACUCCUCGCUUGGGUAACAAGCUAUUAUUUCUCGCGGGCGGGGCCUGCAGCGUCCCUGCGAAUAUACUACGAGCUGCACCACGGCGAAGAGCAAUUUCCGCCCCCCUCUCAAGCGCCGAAAAUCCCCUUCGGCACCUCUUUCUUCCCCAAAGAGGUCGCGAUUGCGCCGCGAACAUGGACACGUCCUCUCGGGAACUGCGUGUUUGAAGCAGAACACACGAAGGGGGGGCAUUUCGCAGCCCAUGAAGUCCCCGAGCUGCUUGUGGACGAUGUCAGAAAGAUGUUUGGCAAGGGUGGGCCAGCGUUCGGUGUCGUAUCUGGUAAAACGGGGUACUAA